CUGUCUGAUGUUGUGUGUCUUCUGCCUUCGUUUGGUGAGGUUUAUAUAGGGCUUCCGUCAGCCCAUGGGCUGGCCAUUGAAUGGCCAAAUGUCAACUCUUUUAAAACUCUUUCCUUUUGAAGCCCCUUGAAUUUGUGGGAUCACAUUGAUGGAAAUAUUCUGAUUGCUUGAUUCUCUCAUGUUUUGGAGUAUGCUGAACUAUCAUCAAUUUCCUUGAUUUGUUUCCUUGUGAGGCCUCCAUCACAUUCACAUUGACCUAUGGAAAUCUUAGGCGUGAAUCCGUGGCUUGGGCAUUGACCUCCAUGAUUUCAUCUUGACAUCUGGUGGAACCUUGUGCCCCUUGAGUUUUUAGAAUUCUAGAGUUGGUUUACCAUCUGUCAACCAUCUCCCAAGAUGGGUGGUAUGAGAACUCCAGAUAUUUGGAUGUUGGGCUUGGCUCUACGUUGGAUUAUAUUUGAGUUCUCAAAUAUUCGAAUAUUGGGAACUCGGUGGACAUACCUCCAGCCGAACUUCAACUCCCUUGGCCCAACUUUGCUUGUCCAAGUGUUGAGAGGAGGGCGCCAAGGUGCACAAGGAGAAAAUUCACCCCAGCCCAGCUUUUGGUAAGAGGAGUGGCCUACCAAGGUAUUUAAGGAGUGUCCGGCCCAACUUUUUGAGAAUGAAGCAUUCGGCCACUUUUGCAAGGAUACGCCCGGCUACUUUUGCAAGGAUACGCUCGACUAUAUUUUUGACAAGGCACCACGCUAGGAAUUCUUGGCUUCUAGGAAUUCUUCGGCUGCUAGGAAUUCUCGGCCGCUAGUAAUUCUUCGGCAGCUAGGAAUUCUUCUGCAGCUAGGAAUCCUCCGGCCCCUAGGAAUUCUCCGGUCACUAGGAAUUCUUCGCCCACUAGUAAUUCUUCGGCUGCUAGGAAUUCUCGGCCGCUAGGAAUUCUCGGCCGCUAGGAAUUCUUCACCCUCUAGGAAUUCUUCAGCCGCUAGGAAUUCUUCCUUAGCAAAUUGGGUGAAUUUUGACCACCCCAAACAGUGUUCUUAGGAUUUCUUCCCUAUUUCUCUCCCUGUUUCAGCUUUUCAUACUGUAUUGUGAAAUGAAGGUUCUUGAAUAUGAAGUUAUUCGCUUUGAAAAUUCUUAGACAACGAUGUUGCAGUCAGCCUAUUAAUUAGUUUUGUCACUGAAGCAGCUCAUAUGACUCGUGACCAAGUCUCCUGCUUUAGAGAAGGACAGUUUGGUUGACAGUUCCCGUCAAGAGAGGAAACGAGGCAGGUACGAAGAAACUCUGGCAUUGACUCACUGAAGCCACCAUUAUUCUCCUUUUACUUGUUUGAUUACGAUAAUAAUCCACUUUGCUACAAUUCAGAAAAAUACUGGUUUAUUUUCUUAUAUUCAAAGAAUCAUGAAAACUUGUUCUCCUAGGAAUGGGGAGAGGAAACUACUUUUUCCAAUUCCCUCUUCAACAGUCAGCAGUUUGAGAAAGUUCCUUCCUCUUUCGUCCCGUUUACCAUUUGGGAACCAAGUAUUCUGCCAUUCAAAAUCCUGCUACUAUUCACCAUUUAUAAACAAGUAUCUUCUCAUGCCUUGAGCUGCAAACCUUCCGAGACCAAGAUAACAUGAUCAAGUGUCCUCCCUACCCUGUUUUUCUUCUCUUACUGUUCUUUAGGAUUUUCUUGGCCAUGGCACAAAACACAACCAUCCCAAUCAAUGUGGGGGUGGUUCUUGACUUCGAUUCCCGGUUAGGGAAAAUAGGGUUGAGCUGCAUCAACAUGGCCCUCUCUGACUUCUAUGCCUCUCAUUCUAACUACAAUACUAGACUGGUCCUGCACACAAGGGACUCCACGAGAGAUGUUGUUGUUGCAGCUGAUGCAGCGCUAGACUUAAUAAAGAAUGUUGAAGUGCAAGCCAUCAUAGGGCUAAAAUCAUCAAAGCAAGCCAACUUUGUAAUUGAUCUUGGAGAUAAAGCUCAAGUGCCCAUAAUGUCAUUUUCAGCAACAAGCCCUUCUCUGCGGGGUUCAUAUUUUUUCCGAAUUGCACAGAAUGACUCAUCUCAGGUUAGAGCCAUAAGUACCAUCAUCCAAGCCUUUGGUUGGAGUGAGGCAGUGCCCAUCAGCGUGGACAAUGAGUUUGGGGAGGGAGUGAUACCUUACCUGACUACUGCUUUGCAAGAAGUAGGUGCCCGUAUCCCUUAUUGGAGUGUCAUUCCUUCAAAGGCCACUGAUGACCAAAUUGUUGCAGAGCUUUACAGGUUGAUGUCAAUGCAAACCAAGGUCUUCAUAGUGCACAUGUUGCCUUCUCUAGGCUCUCGGUUUUUUGCCAAGGCAAAAGACAUUGGCAUGAUGGAGGAAGGUAAUGUUUGGAUAACGACGAAUGGGAUGGCUAACUCUUUCAGUACCUCCAGCUCUUCUGUCGACAUAGAUAACAUGCAAGGGGUGUUAGGUUUAAAGACUUAUGUUCCAAACACAAAAGAUCUUGAAAAUUUUAGAGCUAGAUGGCAAACAAAAUUCCAACAAGACAAUCCAACUAUCCUUAACGUUAAAUUGGAUGUUUUUGGACUUUGGGCUUAUGAUGCUGCUUGGGCAUUAGCCCUGGCAGUUGAGAAGGUUGGGGGUACAAACUUCAGCUUCCGAAAGAUGAACGGUUCUCAUAAUUCCACUGAUCUGGGAAGCUUAGAGGUCUCUCAAGGCGGUCCUGAACUUGUCCGAGAGCUAUCAAGUACAAGAUUCAGAGGCAUUUCAGGAGAUUUCAGUCUUAUUAAUGGGCAACUACAAUCAUCAACUUUUCAGGUAGUUAAUGUGAACGAUAAUGGGGAAAGAGGAAUUGGAUAUUGGACACCCCAAAAUGGACUUGUGAGGAACAUAAUUUCAACUAGAAACACAAACAGAUACUCUACUUCUAAUGCCAGUCUUGGACCUAUUAUAUGGCCUGGAGACACCACCUUGGCUCCAAGGGGCUGGCAGAUUCGCCCGAAUGGGACCAUAAAAGUUCUGGUCCCGGUGAAGGUAGGGUUUGAAGAAUUUGUAACUGUGAGACAUGAUUCUAGCACUAACACAACCAAGGUCACUGGAUACUGCAUAGAAGUCUUUGACGCUGUAAUAAAAGCAUUACCAUAUCCUGUUCCUUAUGAGUUUUAUCCCUUUGCAAAACCUAAUGGGAAGAUUGCUGGCAGGUACAAUGAUUUGGUCAAUCAAGUGUCUCUUGGGAACUACGAUGCUGCAGUUGGAGACAUAACUAUUAGAGCAAACAGAUCCUUGUAUGUUGACUUCACAUUGCCAUUCACAGAAUCUGGGAUAUCAAUGGUGGUGCCUAUCAAAGGCAAACAUGACGCUAAAAGCACAUGGGUGUUCUUGAAGCCUUUGACAUGGGAUCUUUGGGUUACAAGCGGCUGUUUUUGCAUUUUCAUUGGUUUUGUGGUCUGGUUUCUUGAACAUCCAAUAAACGAAGACUUUCGUGGGUCUCCACAUCACCAAAUUGGCACAAGCUUUUGGUUCGCCUUCUCAACCAUGGUUUUUGCACACCGGGAACGAGUAGUGAGCAACUUGGGUAGGUUUGUAGUGAUCAUAUGGUGCUUUGUUGUCCUGGUACUGACACAAAGCUACACUGCCAGUUUAUCAUCAAUCUUAACAAUUCAACAGCUCCAACCAAUAGUUACUGAUGUGAAUCUUCUCUUGAAGAAUGGGGACAAUGUUGGCUACCAAGCAGGUUCUUUUAUUUAUGAGAUUUUGAGCCAGCUAGGAUUUCAGGAUGAUAAACUUAGAACUUAUAGGUCCGCAGAAGAAUUGGAUGAACUUUUUCGAAACGGGAAUGAAAAUGGAGGUAUUUCUGCAGCGUUUGAUGAAACCCCCUAUAUGAAACUUUUUCUUGCAACCUAUUGCUCAAAAUAUACCCUUGUUGAGCCAACAUUCAAAGCCGAUGGUUUUGCCUUUGUCUUCCAAAAAGGUUCACUUCUGACACUAGAUGUUUCAACGGCAAUCACUCAAGUGCACGAGGGAGAUAAAAUGAAGGCCAUCGAGGCCAAGUGGUUCAAGAAAAAAGCAAGCUGUUCAAACCCCAACACGGCUGGCUCUUACGACACUCUUAGCCUUGAUAGCUUUUGGGGCCUCUUCAUUGUUGCUGGUGUUGCUUCAUCACUAUCUCUCCUCAUAUGUGUAGCUAUGUUCCUCUAUGAGCAUGGCCACAUCUUGACAUGCAUUGAUUCAAAAGCCUCAUUUCGGACAAGAAUUCGUGAAGUACUAAGAGCAUAUGAUCAAGAAGACAAGAAAAGCAAAAAAGAUAGUGUUCAAGGAAUCGCUGCGGUUGAAUCUUCACCGAACACCAACUGUCUCUGCCUCAGAAGGCCAUCAAGAUCAAGGCACCCAAAUAAGAUUAUACCAGAAAUCGUUCUUGAAGAGCAAGGAACAACUUGUACUCAGCAUAGUGAGUUGAAUCCGAAUGUUCAAGCAACCCAAGAAAUUGAAUGUGCUAUCGAGUUAACGGCUAUGACAUAAAUCAUGGAAUCUUGCUAUGGUUUGUUUGAAGCUUAAUUUGUAGUUUAAAUCUUUAUUGUGUAGUAUAUAAGAUGUAUGCAUGCAGCAGUGGUUUUGAUGUUUCUUGGUUA